GCUGGCAACAGAGUCUCCGUCGGGCUUUUGAAAGGGGGGCCUGGAUAGUUUCGAUUCCCACAGUGCGCAUCGUCCUCCUGCCGGCAGCCUUUUCUGGAAAGUCAGACGAAUAACAGGAAAAGGCGAGGGAGAGCGAGCCGGAGGCGCGGAGGCGGAGGGGACGCCUUUCCUCCCGUGACUUUUUCUGCCUUUCCCUUUAGAUGGGUGGGGAGGUCUCGUACGUCCGUUGCCCCGAAUCCCCGGCAGAUAUGAAGGACGGGAAGAGCCAGAGGGCUUGUUUGACGCGGAAAAAGGUGACCUUCUGUUGCGGAGCGGCCAUCGCGGCCCCCUGCGCCCUGUCGCUCCUCUUCCUGGGUUUAUACCUGCACCAGAUCCAUUCGGAGCCGUCCGUCCAGUUGACCGAAUGCCAAACGCAGCUGCGGAACGAAACCUCUCAGGCGGAAGCCUCCCUCCUGGAGCGGGAGGAGGCGAAGGCGGAGAGCGACCGGCUGCGCGCUCAGCUGGCAGCUGCCACCCAGAACCUCACCGAGGCCCGAGGGCGCUGGGACUCCUGCCAAAAGGAGAUGAAAAGUAUGGAGAAAAAUUUCACAUCCCAGUUGACAGAAGCUGUCCACCAGGAGGAGGUGAAACGGCAGAGCGUCGAAGAGGAAUGCAAACGGCUUAAGCAGCUGCUCUCUGACAAAUCACGGGCCUUGGAGGAUGCCCAGCGGAAAAGAGAUCAAAGCCAAGAAGAAAUCCGGCAGCUGCAGAAUCAGCUCAAGGGCCAACAUUCGAUGCAUUCCGAUGGGGUCGGUCUGGGUGGUCCCAUCACGGCCUUCCUCCUGCCCAUCUUGCCUGGGCUCUUCCUCCUCUAGCCCCUUUGGAGCCUGCUGCCCGGGAGAACAUAUGUUUGCCUUAUUUGGCGGGGGAGCAUCGAGCUUCUUCCCGCUUCAUCUGCAUACUCACGCCUCCUCCUUCCGCACAAACACUUCUGAGAUCUCUGUGUGUGUUUGUCUGCCACUUUGAGAGCCACGACAGCUGUUGCGGUGUACCUGUCCCACGACUGAAAACACAGUUGUCGCCUUAACCUAAAUCAUGUUACGCUUCUAGCCAAAGGUUACGAUUCUCCCUCUCUAUUAAACAUGUUUUUAACGCUUCUGUGUCUUUUUUUAUGUCAAAUAUGGACAACUCGUUUCACUUUCUGAUGCAUCGGGUGGAUUCCCAGGUGAGAAUACUCAGAAUUAUGAGGCCCGGACAUCCAUAGAAAACAAUAGAUUCAGUCCCAGGUGUCUCCUGUUCAAAAAGCAUCAGGUCGCAGCUGAUGGCAAAGACCUCUUUCUACCCGAGGCCCAGGACGGCCAAACUUGACAACAUUGGGAAUGAACAGUGCCCCUCUAGAUGUUGCUAGACUACAACUCCCAUCAGUCAUCACAGUUGAUCAACCCGGUUCUCCAUUUUUAACAUCACCGUUCCUUACAAGUGCAUGCUGAACAUGGAGGUGGGCUCCAUGAGAGGGUGAAGCUGGAUUAAUGCAGGUUUAAACCUGGGGGGGGGAUAAGAGUGUCUUACUCCCAGGGGGAGAGGGGAAGGGGAGGGGGAACAUGCAUGCUUAAAUCCGGGGUGUGUGUGCUGUGAGAGAUUAAAGUGGAGCCUGGGAUUGGGAGUGGGGUGUGGCACAAGCUACAGCAUGGAGCGUAUUUCAGAUUUGAGCUCCAGCUGUUCCAAAUUCUGGAGGUGAGGUCUACCCAUCCAUAGAGCUGACAGGUAGAUCAGGGCGCUCCCCACAAUAACCGGGCGGCCAGGUCUACCCAUCGAACCGUGUUGAAGUUCCUACCACCAGGUCUACUCAUUGAAAUGGUUUCUCCAGUCGCCAGGUCUACACGUUGAAACAGCUAGGGUUUGUGUUGGAAGUGGGGCAAGAGUGACCCACGCUUUGUUCUUUUCUUUGUGCUGCAGAAGGGAGAUAGAGCUAGGGUCCUCCAGGUGGAUAGGCUUUGUUAACCUUUCACCUGUGAGGCUCCGACGACCUCUUGAAUUCUUCAUAACUAGGACUGAGCCAUGUAUUUAGAGUGUGGUGCGAACCUGUUACUUAUGUCUAAUUUGAUCAAAAGUAUUUUUUUCUUGUAUCUAUUCGAUGAAUCCACUUGUGUCGCUUAGCCUCAGUGCAAGUAUUCAUUUUUUAUUUCAAGAUAAAUAAAUAAAUAAAUUUAUUAUUUC